UACCUCUCUCCAAAAAUUUUCUUAUGAUUGAGCGAUCAUCCUUUCUACACAAUUCAUCCUUUUUUUGUCCUCUACUUAAUUUUAUAAUAAUAAUAAUAAUAAUAAUUAAAUUAAUUAUUUUUAUUAUGUCCUCCUAUGCAAACUCAUCGGAUUACGGAGUAAAACUUUUACAGCACACACACACAACUGCCGCGGAACCCAAAAAGGUAAUAAUAGAACCCAACAAUCAAUCUAUAAAUAAACCCCUAAUAAACCAAAAAAAUAAAAAAAAAUGGAACCCUCUUUGAUUCAUUUUGACUUCCUUUCAAUUUCAAUGAAGAUUCUUUCUCUCUAGAAAUCUCUCUCUCUGUUUCUCUUGAUUGAAGUUGCUGCUAUUUUUGCUCUUAAAAAAGAGAUAAGAGGGAAUGGGUUGUGCUGGAUCCUCACAGUCUAAAGCAGAUGGGGCUGUGAAGAAGAUUCGGAAGCCAAAACCUUGGAAGCAUCCUCAGCCUAUAACAAAGUCUCAGCUUAUACAGUUGCGUGAUGAGUUUUGGGAUACUGCUCCUCACUAUGGUGGAAGAAAAGGACUGUUGAGCCUUUAUAUACAAAAGGGUGCAUGCCUUCUUAAAUAUGCAGAGCUUCAUGCAGCUAUGUUGGUGGUUGACAGUGUAGCUGGUGAAUCCAGUGGCAAAUUGGGCAGCACUGCUGCUGAAAAGGAAAAAGUUCCACUAGAAUUUGCUGAUUGGGUCAAAGAAGGAAAAAGGAAGAUUUGAUAGAGAAGAAAAUGGUUUGGUAUAAUUGAAAGACUAAGGUUUACCACUGGACAAUACUGUAAAUUUUGUGGAUCUGUUAGUCUCUGUUUGUUAGUUUGUUGACGGAUUUUGCAUAUUUUGUAAUUGAAAUGCAGUAAAGGCUGAUAGUGACUAGUGUUGGGAGUUUGGUAUUUGUGUGAUUUUUGAGGUUGAACCAAUAAAGACACGAGUUAUCAGUGUGCUUUGAGUUUUUUAGAUUAGGAAAGAAAACCUGAAAAAAAGUUUAGAAAGAUCUCAUGUUGAGACAAAAUUAGUAAUAAUCUGACCGAAAUAUCAGUAAAUAAUGGUGGGGGAGAAAGAAGAACAGAAAAGACAUUCAAGAGAGUGAAUUUAGGUGAUUAGGAGUUUUCUUUUGACUAAUAAGAAGCAGCAGACAUGAACAGAUUUUGAAAUUCAUUCUUA